AUGACGGGGAUCGGCGUGGCGGCAACUCCUUCCUACUUUCGGUGCGUCGAAUUGACUGUUGUGUGUCGUGGUCGUAGUCACUGCGUGGACACCAACGGGUAUCAAAACCUGCCCAUCGAGAGACGGAUCGCAUCUCACAUCGCCGUGCCGAGCUUGGCGACAGUCACGAUGCCCCGCGCACUCCAAUACCGAACCAAACUGGCGAUCAUUCGGCGCCGUUUACAGAGGCGGGUCGACAAGCGACAGCGAGAGAGGUCUGAAUCGCCCAACCAACCCGGUAACGAUACCCCAUCCCAGCGACCGCGUCACGCAGACCCGGUAGAGGUAGACGACGAUGCUGCGUUCGCCGAUAUUCCCUCCGGUUCCGGAGAUUUCGACCAAGGUAGCGACUUCGGCGACGAUUGGGAACCGCAGGCUGUAACCGACUUUGACGAGAACGAACUUGCCCAUGCGCUAGUUGAUGCUGCAAUCGAAGAAGACCACGUCGUUUAUCCCGACCCCGACCCCGACACUGGCGAAUACCAGGUUGCCGACGAUGCGCCACUGCAGUCGGAGUUACGGGCAUUGGCCGAGUACCAAUACAUUGCUGAUACCGUCGAGGAUCAGGACGACGAGGUCGAUGCCACAGAUGCCGAGGAUGUUGCCGACGAGAUCGCCGUUGCUACGCCUUGGCAGGCGUAUCACCAGUAUGGCGAGGAUAUGACGGAUCCUUUCGCGGCGUCGGAGUCGAUCAAGCAACCCCGCAAGAUCCAUGGACUGUCUGACUUCGCCCUUGGCUGGGGCCUCUACUGCAUCGUGAAUGGCGUGUCACGAAAGCAGUAUGCCACACAGCUAGAGCUCUUCAAAUUGCUCGGUCGUGACGCCGACAAAGUUAACCGGCUACCCGACAGUCUCGAUACGCUCAAGCGUCACGUCCGCGAAUCGUUGCCGCACAUCGAUAUGAGAACCGUCAAGGACCUGCCACUCAACCCCAAGAAGCUCUCCUCGUCACGCCAGGUGACCGCCAUGACGACGGGUGAGAACCCUACACAGGACCUCUUCUUCCUAAACCCUGUAGAUUUCCUCAGCCGUAUCGAAGGUUCGCAACUGGCCAAGGGCAUGCACUAUGGUCUAGCCGACCUCGUCGAUAGCCCUAUCGAAGCCUGGCAUUCCAUGCAGUGGGCUGGUUCAGUGCGUACCACUAGCGGCGUCUUUGUCUGGUACCCGCCGCUUCCAGCCAGCCCAAAGGACCCGAUCUUCCCCGGCGACAUCGUCGACUUCGAGUGCACAUUCCGCGACUGCAGGCACUGUCACAGUGCAGAUGACACGUCAAAGCCUCACGUCGGCCAAGUUAUGGCAGUAUACCGCGACCGUCGCGACAGCACUCGAGACCUCGGUUUGAUAGCCGCAUCAAACAACAACGUCGACCAGGCUCAGCAGGGUGACGUUGUACUCGUUAUCGCGCGGGUACUCCGUGGCCAUGUUAUCAAGAAUAUCGUUGCGAACCAGGCGAUCGAGAUUAAGACCAACCCAACACGCGACAACGUUACAGACAACGAAUGGGUAUUGAGCUAUAGCCCGAUGGAGCUCGUUCCAUCGGCCAAGAUUCGCGGUCGUCGCACCGAUAUCGGUUUCGAUUAUGCAUUUGGUAGCCAGUUCGGUCGAGAGGUGCUCAUCAACAAGUUCGCUAUUGGCCCUGAACAGGGUCAAGUUCGGUCCCUCCCAUGCUUGGACUUCAAUGACGGCUUCGGCUUGUACCGCACGAUGACGAAGUCGAUUAUGGGUUGUUAUCUGCAGAUUGCAGCGAUGCCGAGAAGCGAGCAUACACGGCAGAUCAACGUCCUGCCGGUUACCCUAGGUCCGCACGGCGCCAACUUCGACGAUGUGAUGAAGGCCCUCGCCCCACUCAAGGCCCUCGACCAGGGCAUCACCGUUGCCAUCAAUGGUGUGGAGACCCUGUUGUGUGCCCCGAUCAUCGCCUUCACUGGCGAUAUGCCGCAGCAACAGGAUAACUCGGGUUGUCUCAGUGUGGCGGCUAACCUGGGCUGCCGUAACUGUAGGAUCCCUGUCGAGAAGCGCGAUAAACUGGACUUCAACAUACUCGACCAGACACGGGCCCAUGUCGAGAUGCUCCGACUACGUCGUGCAAUGGACGACCUGCCUCAGAAGUACCGCAAGCAGGCAUUUUCGACGAAGCACGGUAUAUCGCUUGACCGUCCUGCAGUUCAACAGGUUGCGCCAGCACUAGAUCUCAUCAGCGGUCGUCCCGGCGACGCAGCACAUUCCGAGUUCAACGGUAUCACGAAGAUGACUCACCAGAUCCUGAUUGAUGCUGCGUUGAAGCCUGAUGCCGUCGUCGCAUACUCGAAGAUCCUCCGCCAGAUGCCUUUCCCCCCUGGUUGGGCCCGAAUCCAGUCCCCAUAUAACGUACUCAACUACAGUCUGCAGGAGCAUGCGCGAUGGUCGGUUCUGAUGACCAUCAUCUCGCUAUUGUGGUUGACGGAGGCAGAUCUGAAGCGCCCUUUCGUUCAGGCAGUACGGGGUGUUUUCUCGCAAACCGAGCUCACCCGCGGGCAAGCCACCAACACUGAUGUGGCUAUAGCAUCCAAGGUCGAGCACAAGAGCGCUGUCGAGAUACUGACACUGGUGCUAGCGGCAAUCGUCAAGACCAACGAGAUCCUAUCAGCACCUGAACUCGAUGCGAACGACCGCGACCCUGCGACUAUCAUGGACACGAUCCGAAUUAGCCGCCGUAUGUUCCAAUUGAUAUGCGAGGCUGCGUCGCGCUCUACUAACCUUGCUACUGGCGCUGCCGCUGCUGCCGCUGCCCGGCGUCGUGGCUCACUUGCAUCAUCCCGCGCCGGAUCCGUUGCCCCCUCCGCGCCUCGUCCCGCAGCUGGCAACACUAUCGAGCCGGUCAUCGAAGAGGACGAGGAAGCUGUCGACGAUGAUAUCAACAUCGGCCAGCUUACCGUCGCCCAGAAGGCCAGCAAAUAUCGACAGUGGGCGCAGCGUCCGAACGUACAUGUUGGCCUGCACUAUGUCGACGUGUUCCGUCAAUAUGGCUUGGUGUCGUUGAUGAUGGUUCUCCCUGGCGAGUUGAAACACAAGCUCUGGAAGAAUAUCGUGCUCACGAUGAACCAUCGUAACCCCGAGAAGGACUGCCUUGCGUACGAGAAUAUGCUGCAGACGGUUCGACUGACACUACUCGACGGCUUUCGCUAUGACGACCCCGAUAUCACCACCGACAUCAAGAAUCUGGCAUCGGCAGCCCCUUCUCUGUUCUCAUCAUUGCUACCGCGCGAAGGUCUCCAGAACGAUGACGACGAUUCUUCGAUUUGGGACAUCAUUGUUGGUGACGACCUGCAUCCCAAUGCAAGUGUAUUGGUCUUGGUGAAGGCUCGUGUAUACCAGGACAUGGGCUUUCCCGUUCGUGAGGGCGCAUUGGUGCCAACCUUCCUUUGGAUGCUUCGCGAUGCAUACCGGGUGGACUAUGACAAGAACAUUAUUGUGACGACGAACUGGCAUAUCAGGUGGUGGAAGAAGGUUUCGUUUGGAGACGGACCCAUCAGCACCAAACCCAAAGGUGUCCAGCGCUUGGUCUAUCAGCGGGGCCAAUUCGUGAAGUACCGCGACGGCAACGUCGGCAGACUUGAGCAUAUCAUGACGCACGAAGCAGUGCAUGGUUCUGGCCAGUUCUUUGUGUUCUUAGUCAUCACGCCACUCGCCGACACCGGCAGCACCGAGCCCCUGACCGGACUUCCGAUCUUGAAGAUGGCCGCGUCUGGUGCCAACAUUGCCAUGGCGGCUUCGCUCGAGGACUGUCGACACCGACUUAUCGGCCUGCCUGCUCUACGCCGCGAUCGCCUUUAUAUGGUACCUUUCACGACUGGUCCGGGUCGCCGCCUGCUUACAGGCAUCGGGAACACUGAGCUGGAGGCGGAUACCGAGCUACUCUGGGUUAACUGGCGCGUGCAGUUCACUUGA